GGAGUUACCGCCGGGGUGGUCCUUGUGUGUAAACAAAUAAAUUAAGAUGUGUUUUCAGUAAUUUUUCAGAGUGCGUUCGGAUUUGGCAAGAUGGAUUCGUCUGUGUGUUUGUAUACAGUUAUCUUCCUAUCCUCAAUAUGGAGCGCUUCGAGCACAGUAUGUACAAUAAAAGACCGUGUCGAGUGCACCUACACAGUGGUCUGCGAGGGCCACGCCGGCAGCGCCAACAACCCCUCCUGCGACUUCAACCCCUACGUCAACUUUAUCAUCAAGGACUCUGUGGCCGAGACCCUCACCACCGGCUUCUUCGGGUCCACCAACUUCGACUCGAGGGUCAGGCGCAUCCUCGCUAUCGAUAACAACUGGCCCAACAUCGAAGCCUUCACUUUCAAGUACUACAUCAAGUGUAUCGACAUGGACCUCUCCAACAACAACAUUAAGAACAUCAAAAAUGACGCAUUCAAGAACUUGCUCGUACUUGAAUCUUUGAACUUAUCUCAAAAUGCUAUAGAGCAUUUAAAUCCAUCUGCGUUAGCGAUUUCGGAAAUAAGUGCAAAUAAAUUAACCACGCUGGAUCUUUCAAAUAACUUACUAACGGAGAUUAGCGGUGAAGCUCUAAGUAAGUUAACUAACCUCAAUACUUUGUAUUUGCAAAACAAUAGACUAACAACAUUAGCUGAUAAAUGCUUUACCUCCUUAAAAGACUUAAGUACAUUGAACUUGCGAAAUAAUCAGUUAACAGCUAUUAAUGUAACGUUAAUUCACUUAAAGAAUCUCAAGACGCUGGAUUUGUCGUUUAAUUAUUUGUUCAAGUUGAUAGGAUUCGAACUAAACCGAUUAGAUUCUCUUACGUUUUUAAACAUGAGUUAUAACGAUAUUGAAGAAGUCGAAUCGAAUUGCUUCAAUCAAGCGUUCAGCAUCAUAUCGAUAGACCUGAGCAACAACAAAAUUAAAUCACCUAUAGAAAAUGUGAUGUUUAUUAAUAACAAUCGUCUACAACGUUUAAAUUUGUCUAAUAACAGUAUUGAAGAAAUACAGGACGAUGCAUUUAAACAUAACGUUUUAACUACAUUAAAUUUGGACAGAAAUAACUUGAAAGGAGAGAUAUCUAGUCAAACCUUUAAUGGUAUUUCAAACGUACCAAGACUCGAUCUGUCCAAUCAGAGUAUAACAGCCAUAAGAAAAAACGCAUUUUCCACAGCAAAUAAUCUCGUACAUUUGAACUUGAGUAGAAAUUCUAUACGCACAAUCGAGAAAUCCAGUUUCUCACCUUCACUGCCUCUGAUAGUUUUAGAUGUUUCAUAUAAUAAGUUGUCAUCUCUAGAAUUUUUAAACGAUACUUUAUUUAGCAUUACUGAGCUCUACGUGAAUAAUAACAAUCUCACCUCCAUAAGCAAGGGUACCUUUCUUAAUCACACAAAUUUGAAGAAACUGGACUUGUCAAUGAAUUUCAUUGUUACCAUAGAUCAAUUUUCUAUGCCCCUUCUGAAUUUGCAGUAUCUAAAUGUGACUGGCAAUCUCUUGACGGGAUCUCUCAAGAGCAUGGUGAUAAGUCCUUCAAAGUAUCUCCGAUUUUUGGACUUCAGCUGUUUCAAUUUUAGAAGAGUUGAGGAUGGCGCAUUUAUUGAUUCUCCUUUACUUGCCAGGGUUAACCUGUCAUAUAAUGCAAUCGAGUUUAUUGGAUCAAAGAAUUUCAUGAAUAUGGAGAAUUUGUAUAGUUUAGAUUUAUCAUACAACAAAGUGAUAAGGUUGCAAAUGAAUAAUAGCGUUUUAUUAAAUCUUAAAGCUUUGUAUUUAAACCACAACCGUCUGAAAUCUAUUUCAAAAUCAUUUUUGAAUAUAUCAAAAAUAUUAUUUCUCGACAUCUCUGAUAAUGAUAUAUCUGACCUUUCCGUUCCAAUUUUCCAAACAUUAAAAGAUUUGCGUGUUUUACGUAUUUCAAACAAUAAAGUGAAACAAUUUAACAAUCCACAAACGAACUCUCUUAGUAAAUUGAUGACUUUAAGCCUUUCUUCAAACUCUCUGGUUAAUUUGAAUUUAAGCUACUUUCCGGAUUUAAUAAACGUCGAUUUGAGUAACAACAGCAUUAGCUUCAUCAACAGCUCUUUUUUCCGAAACUUAGAUCGUUUGCAAUCCAUUGAUUUAAGUUUUAAUAAUAUAACAAAUUUGACUCCAGGCACAUUCCAAAAUCUUAAAAUUUUAAAGCUCCUAAAUUUGUCUUCAAAUUCGAUCAAAACCUUGCGCUACGGUAGCUUCAAGGGGCUUGGGAGAGCCGAAGUGAUAGACAUAUCUCGAAACUCGAUACAUGACUUAGAUGUGGAUAUCUUUCACGAGUGCACAGAGUUAAAGCGACUGAUCAUUGACUACAACUUCAUCACUCAACUGGAAUUUGAACGAUUGGUCAUGACUGUUACAAAGCUGAAUGCUCUAAGUUUAGGUGGUAACCCGAUUAUGUGUAAAGAGAUAGUUAGAAAUUAUAAUUCAGGCAUAGGAGGUAGGCGCGUGGAGGUAACGUCUGUAGACAAAGUCUUCGAAGAAGAUAAUGUGCACGGUAUUUGGUGUGGUAAUGGGACAGUGGUCACUACGGCUAGUAGUAUCGUGCCUCCAACUCACACGAGUGGUUCGAGUGCUGCGAACGUGUUAUUCAUGUGGUGUUCAGUGUUAACGCUUUUGGUUCUGGUAGUUGGUGUUGCCAGCUACAUUUAUAGACGGAAAGGUCUGAAGAUUUUGACAAAGUCUAGCAUGGGGAGCACAGUACAGUUCGGGAGCAGUGACAACCAAAGUAAUUUAUUAUUUUAAGAGAUUACGUUGCAUAGUGUCUUUUUUAUGGCACCUUAGACUCUAAAUCUCAGGCGAAUUGGUUCCGCUGUUUAUAAUUAAGGCUUAUAAUAACGCUGAAAGCGAAAUUACCACCAAAGAUUGCUUUUAGGAUUGUUAAUUAGAUUUUAAUUUAUAUAAUUGUAUAUAAUACCAAUUAAACAUUAUUCUGUA